AUGAAUCGUCCUGAUGCAAAACAUCAAGAACGCUUUAAUCUAAGAGGCGGAGAAGUUGUUGAUGUGCAUAUCAAUCCAUUGCUCGCGAGAGUGAUGCGGCCAGAUCAAAUCGAGGGCGUGCGCUUUCUCUACAACAGUGUCACUCAAUUGCGAAGCCUCAUGCCAGAGUCGGCAGGCGCGAUAUUAGCAGAUGAAAUGGGAUUAGGAAAAACGUUGCAAACCAUUGCAGUGGUUGACAUCCUUUUGCGUCAAUGCUGCUAUUUCUUCCCGAAAAGGCGAUCCACUGUUGAGAAGGUGCUCAUUGUCUGCCCUGCAACAUUGGUGCGCAACUGGAAAUUGGAAUUCAAGAAAUGGCUCGGAGAUGAAUGCCGAGUACUGUGUGCUGACGAGAACACAGACAUCAAGAGUGUCAUUUAUGGAAAGUAUGAAGUCCUUGUUGUCAAUUACGAAAAGGUCCGCAACCAUAGUACGCUCUUUUCUUCUGCAAAGUUCGGCUUGCUUGUAUGCGAUGAGGCUCAUCAGAUCAAAAACGCAGACUCGCAGAUUACUCAAGCUCUUGACUCUUUGCGCAUAGAGAGAAAGAUCCUAUUAACCGGUACCCCUAUCCAGAAUAAUCUGACGGAGUUCUACACCAUGAUCAACUUCAUUGCAAGAGGUUACUUGGGAGACAAAGCAAAAUUCAGGAAGGAUUUCGAAGUUCCCAUUACCCGUGGACGAAAACCCAAUUGCCCUUUUAGACAUUGGCAGAUGGCCGAAGAGCGCAGCAGAUUACUUCAAAAGAUCACCGCUCCUUUGUUGCUGCGAAGAACUGCAGAAGCAGUCAAUCGACGACUUCCACCGAAGCAUGACAUCGUUUUGUUCUGCAACCCAUCGCCACUUCAACAUAAAAUUUACACUGCCCUGGCAUCCCUCGAGCUUGUCAACUUUGAGCAAUUGGCUACUGAGCCGAAGCUAACGGGUUUGGAGAGGAUUCUUCUCUUACAGAAGUUGUGCAGUGCUCCGGAUCUUUUAGUGGACGAUGUCCAUGGCAAAGGCAAGACAGGCAAACGGAUCAAAGCCACUAUUGGAGCAGCAUGCGACACCGUGCCACGGGUCAAAACACGCCGUUCUCAAGACAGCGGCAAAAUCUCCGCCCUCCUCAAACUCUUAGUAGGCAUUCGACGUAAGACUGAUGAUAAAGUCGUUCUUGUCUCGAACUUUACAAUGACUCUCGAUAUCAUCCAAGAAAUUUGCGAAAGUAUGAGAUAUCCUUUCCUUCGUAUAGACGGAAAUGUCAAGCCAAAAACAAGGUCAGGGAUCGAGCAUGAGUUUAAUACUUCAGCUUCGAAAGAUUGUUUCAUCAUGCUCUUGAGCGCAAAAGCAGGUGGGCAAGGUAUGAAUCUGAUGGGUGCAAAUCGUCUCUUUAUGCUUGACUGCGACUGGAAUCCGGCAAGAGAUCAUCAAGCUAUGGGACGCAUUCAUCGAACUGGACAGAAAAAGGAAUGUUUCAUUUACCGAUUAAUGUUGUCAGGAACACUAGACGAGAAAAUAUUCCAAAGGCAAAUCAGCAAGAUGGGAUUGAGUGAUGCCUUGAUGCUCACGCAAGAGGACAGCAAUCUGGCAGAGGACUUCGCAGAAGAAGAGUUGAGGGACGUCUUGAGAUAUCAAAACGAUACACCUUGUUCAACACAUGACAUUUUGCAAUGUCCUUGUGGAGGGAAAGGGAUCUUACUCGACGAUGUCAAUCGCCUUUUCCAAGAUCGAACGCCUACAGAGGAAGAUGAGGACGAACAAGAUAGCUUACCAGGCUUUAUGAUGGCUUCGCAAGUAACAGAGGCAAAUAUCAAUCGCAAGGUCAAAGAGACUCGAAAAAAGUUGGCUUCUUUAUUCGAUUGGACGCAUCAUAAUUUCAGCAAAGCAGAAAAUGCUGUUUUGACACAAGAUGAGAUUCUGAACUACAUCAUCGAAAGGGAUGCACAAUCUGAAAGUACGGCAAAUAAUGGUGAUGGUGACGAACCCUUUUCUUCCUCGUCUAAACCUUCUGGAGCGAUCUUGUAUGUGUUUGCCAAGCAAAGAAGAAUGCUGUACAAGGAGAACCUCAAGGAAGAUAUUUCGAUUGAAGAUGACGAUGAAAGUCCCAAGACUAAAGCACUGAUGAGGAAGAAGGCGGAGAUGAAUGAUGUAAUUUAAAUAUCGAAAUCGGGUAUGACGAAGACCAUAUGUACCAUAAGCAUACAUGUACCAUAUAAUACACCAUCAAUUUGUACAAUAAAAAAGCAAACUCAUUUCAUUUUCC